UGAUCGGACCGUCAAAUGCAAAAUCUUGUUUGCAAAUAUUGAUGCGCACAUAUAGGCAUAAACAAAGGAAAUAGUUAAAAAUUCUAAAAAUUACUGAUACACGAUAAAAUCCAAAGUAGACGAAGAAAAAAAAACUUGAUUAUUUAUACCGAUUUGUAUCAAAAUCCCAAUAGAUUGGUGCAUUUUUAUGCCAUAUCAUUCAACCGACGGUACUUUUACGUGACUCAUAAAGAGGCAACAACACCAAUUUUUUUUUGUGUGGAAACAAUCAGAGGAUCAAGUGAAUUUGACGCGAUCGCACGAAGUUUAAAUCAUCGCCAUUAUGGUACGGAAAUUCUUUUGUUUUGACCUGUACACCACCGGAUUGUUGAUCGGUUGGUUAGGUCUCGCCGAAUCGAUAACAUCAUGCAUCUUUAGCAUUUUGAUGCUAGAAAACGUUGACACCAUUAUCACAACCAAGGAUUUUCCCGACGUUGACAUUGUAGCAUUACGCAAAUCUGUUGUAACGAUCCUUGGCACAUACAUUGCAUUCAAUGUAAUUGACUUAUUGGCUUCGGGCUUACUCAUCGCUGGAACAGUUAAGCGCAACCGUUUGCUCAUAAUCCCAUGGCUUAUCAAUAGCUUCAUAUCGUUGUUGUUCAAUGCCAUUGCAAUUGGAUUUACAUUCUACCAUCUCUGGGAAACAAAUGCAACCAAUUAUACGGCAAUUAUUCCAUUUGCAGUGGCCGGCGGUAUCAUAUUCGCAAUUUAUGUGUACGCAUACCUGGCAAUUUAUGGUUUGUACGAAGACAUUCGACGAAUCGCACCAAACAGUGAAUAUUCCAGUUUGAUUAAUAAUCAAAACAAUGGCACCGUCUAUCCAAUCUAUACGCGUGCCUAAAACACCAUCCGACUGAAGUGACCGAUUGCAGUUAAUAUGUGAACAGAAUUCACUUAACCAUUUUUUUUUCCUGAAUUCAUAAAACUCAAAGAAACAUAAAAAUCGAAGCAAACAAUAUAUUUUUUCUAUGAUUUGCAUAUUUUGACAUUUAUUUAGGGACCGUAAUAGUAGAUUGGCAUCUGUUCAGUUUUCUGAUGUAUUGAAAAGAAACUGACUUGUUGAAAAAAAAAGCAGCUACAAUAAAAAAAGAAUGAAAAACAAAAUAAAA